GCAGCAGCGCCGCCCCUGUCCCUCAAUGUUGGAGUUACCCGAAGUCACAUGCUGAGUUGUGCAGGGAACCUCAGCCUGCGCACGUCUUCACGCUGUAGUUGCCUUCGUUUUUGUCCGGUGUUCUUUUCUUAAAAACGCAGUUCUCGCAGCCGCGGUGAUGGAGUGUCGUGUGUUGUCGAUUCAGAGUCAUGUUGUCAGGGGAUACGUCGGGAACAAGUCGGCGACAUUCCCGCUGCAGGUGCUGGGCUUUGAAGUGGACUCUAUCAACUCUGUCCAGUUCUCCAAUCAUACAGGCUACGCCCACUGGAAGGGACAGGUGCUGACCGCAGAGGAGCUGAAUGUGCUGUAUGAGGGUAUCAAGCUCAAUCAGGUGAACCGCUAUGACUACAUCCUCACAGGUUACAGCAGGGACAUGUCCUUCCUGGGAACGGUGGUUGACAUUAUUCAGGAGCUGAAGAAAGCCAAUCCGAGUUUGGUGUAUGUUUGUGAUCCUGUUAUGGGAGACCAGGGUGCCAUGUAUGUUCCAGAGAACCUGUUGCCAGUCUACAAGGAAAAAAUAGUGCCUUUGGCUGACAUCCUUACCCCCAACCAGUUUGAGGCAGAGCUAAUAACUGGGAGGAAAAUUAAGACGAAGGAAGAUGCUGUUGAGGUGAUGGACUUGCUUCAUGCAAUGGGCCCAGAGACCGUGGUCCUCACUAGCACAGACCUGCCCUCGAAACAUGGGGACCAGUUCCUGGUGGCACUUGGGAGCCAAAUAAUAGUGAAACCAGACGGGACCAAGACCAGUCAGAAAAUCUGCAUGGACAUCCCCAAAGUGGAUGCUGUAUUUGUAGGGACAGGAGACCUUUUCGCCGCCUUGUUGCUUGCCUGGACUCACCAUCACCCCAAGGACCUGAAGGCUGCCUGUGAAAAGACUGUGUCAGCGAUGCACCAUGUCAUUAAGAGGACCAUUACUCAUGCUAAUGAAAUGGCCGGUCCCGGGAAAAGGCCCAGUCCUGCACAACUGGAGCUGAGGAUGAUUCAGAGCAAAGCCGACAUCGAGAAUCCUGCCAUCGUAGUGGAAGCUAAGGUUUUGCAAAAGUCUUCACACUGAGGGCGGUAGUGUUUCAGUGAACAUCAACAUCAUGCUGGUACUAAUUAGUUUAAAAUUUGGUGGACACAUGUAGAACUUCCAUAUCAAAGACGGUCACAUGUCUCUCUGCCUUACUCUCUGAGGAAGUACAGUUCUUAUUUGGUGUAUGCACAUUCUGUUCACAAACACACAGGAACCACUGCCAUGUGUCUUUACUAUGGCCUUUUGUAAGAUAAAUAUGACAUUGACCAACAAAGAGCGUAAAUGUACUUCAACUGUGCUUACUAUGAUUAGAAUAAUUUCUUAAUAAAACGUGUUAACAUCAGUAAGAUGACUAGAAAAUACACAAAACCAGUGAUGCAUGCAUGAACAUGCCUACACUUGUAUUGACUAAGAUAGUAAGUCGGCCCUCGUCAGAUAUACUCAAAGUGCGUUGCUCUCAAGGCAUUAUAAGCACAUUAGUGUACGAUUUAUAAUAUGUAUUAUGAAAAAUAUGUGUUAGGACAGACGUAACACAUACUGCAAAAGCAAAGGGGUAAUGGUCUAUAUAUAUAUAUAUAUAUAUAUAUAUAUAUAUAUAUAUAUAUACAUACAUAUAUAUACAUGUAUAUAUAUAUAUAUAUAUAUAUAUAUAUAUAUAUAUAUAUAUAUAUAUGUAUAUACAUGUAUAUAUAUAUAUGAUGUAUAUGGCUGGUCUGUGUAUAUCAGAGACCUGUUUUGAAAGAAUUCAUUCUGAACCAUUUGUGAUGCAAUUUUAAAACAUAUUUUGUAGUUUGUUAUUUUCUUCAAAGGCUUAAACCUGUUUCCUAUUUUAACAUCGGGGUUUUAAAUGCGGAGACAUGUAUUGCAACUCCCAUCUAAUGCAAUUAAUAUAAAGUAUUCUUCCAAAUUAUUAUAGAGUUAAGUUGUAGGGAAAUCAUAACUCUACUGAUAAUCAUGAUAGUUGUUUAAGAUUUGCUUUUAACAAUUUUUUGGAAAAGGUUUUUAAGGUUUUUUUCAAUUAUGCAGAUGUGUAAAAUGUUUGAUCCACGUCUUAAACAUCUCAAAUUGAGGUAUUUGCACAGAUAAUCUUUAAUAUAUUUACUAAUGAUCAUUGUUUAUCAUAUUUGACUGUUCUCAUAUCUCAAGAAAAGAGUCAGUUAUCAUAGACCAUGCUGUCAAAUAGCCUUAACAAGGUUAGGAAGAAAAACCAUGGGCUUUUAAUGUUUUUAUGUUCCAAUGUAAUAGUCCAACCCAACACAUAAUGUUAGAAAGUCAAGUGCCAAACAUCGAAAUGCUGCUCUGGUAUAGAUGAAUAUAAGAACCAAGAAAAUAAAUGAUUAAUCUUUUACUGAAA